AACCAUUUUCGGCGCGAGGAUUAUAUGCCCAGUAAGUUUGCUUCAAAAAGUUUUUGUUUGAGAUCAGUACACGUAGCUUCUAAGGACACCCACACAGUGCUUACAUUUUCCACUCUGUCCAGCUGGACACGAACCCUAAACAUCCAAAAUAUUACCAAUCAUGUUGCUCUGUGUCUCUCGUCGUCUGCUCUUUUUGACAAGCCUCAUAAAAUAAAAGUAAAUUUGUCUAGAGUCAAUUUCAAAUGAAAGAUCGAGUGCUUGUGUUCGUGUCCAGCUGGACAGAGUGGAAAAUGUCAGCACUGUGUGGGUGAGUUCUUAUGUACUUAAACAGGUAUGUACGUACCAAUAUCGUAUAGUAUGUAUGACAAUUUUCAAUAUUUUUUUUCUAUUUUGAACCUAUGGCAUGCAUGGCAAUUAUCAAUACAGUUUUUUUUUCUAUUUUAAGAGUUUUUGUUUCAAGUAUACAAGAAGCUACGUGUACUGAUCUCAAACAAAAACUUUUUGAAACAAACUUACUGGGCAUAUAAUCCUCGCGCCGAAAAUGGUUGGAGCAAGCAAUUACCCAUUUUUCAUUGUUAGGGAAUCUGUGGUGGGACCUACUUUUAUAAAAUUUGCACUGUGGCACACAACGCCAACUUUCUAAUUUUUUUUGUUAACUUUUUCCAUUGUUUAUGUGAAAACGUAUGUACUGUACUCACGCGAAAUUUACAACCUACCUAGGUUUCCAUUUUUGGCCACUAGUUGGCGCUGAUGGUGCCUUAACAAUAGUCGAAUAGUGUGUUAUAGGUCUCUCCUAUGCAAUCUUGGGGGACAGCUAUAGUGUAGUUAGUAGUAUAGGCUCUACGUGUAUUUCAAAAUGGGACCCCGGCGGCAAUACCAGCCAAUACUGACCGUCCUUCUAUACCAAGUCUAUAUUCGUUGACUCAAGUAGCAAUACCAAAAGCCUUUGCAUCCCAUAUACAUAGUUCUUUGAUACGAAACAGCAAAAAGAGAUAAUUUUAUGACCUAGAGUAGAAUCAAUCAGUCAAGCUGUAAGAAGUAAGUACACCGUAAAGUGUCGAAGAAGAUGGGCAAAGGUCGCCGGUGCAUUGUGCCGAGCUGUAGAUAUCUCAGCGGAAAGAAUGACUUGGAGAAGCGAGCAAUGUUUAAGAUACCUAAGGACGAGGAGAAGGCUCGAAUAUGGGCUGCAGCUAUUCCUGGAAUUACCCAGCCGCUCACCACAUAUCAGACCGUGUGCGAAAAGCAUUUUGAGUCCUGGUUCAUCCAUCGGUUUUAUGAGAAGGGUACAAACAUUAUGCGAAGUCGUCUGCAUAAUAAAGCUGUACCAACCAUUUUUGAUACUGAAAAUGUACCAAAUCAGAAUGUCAUACCAUUGAGGCAGCAUAGUGAAAAGCAUAGUCGUAAGGUACCAAAAAAAGGAAUCAGCUCAUCAAAUGUUUCUGAAAAAAGCACACUGGAAGUCUCAAGCGCAUUCUUGAAUAAUAGUUUAAGUAAUCAAACAGCAAGCAAUGAAACUUCUUUGCAAGAAAUCGUGAAAGAUCUCUCGUUGUCUGAAAAACUCCUCAUGGACAUCAAACAAGAAAUGUUCCCUAUCUCUGAGGAUGGUGUCAAACAUGAAAAUAUAGAUGAGAGGGUUAAAACUGAAUCCGAUGUGGAUACAAAGGAAAUAACGGCUUAUGAGCAUUUACAUAAAAAUUUUAGUUUCUACAUCACACAACUGCCUGAAAACUGGAAUUUAACCAGGUUAGCAUUAAGCACAGACCAAGUGUUUGUAUUUUCAAAAGAAUGUACCGUUUGUGAGAAUGGGGCAUUGAUUGUUAUGAACGAGAAAAGUAUUGUUAUUAACAAGCAUGGAGAUAUACACUAUUCCAUUCAUGGCAAGAUAGUAAGCGUUGAUAGUCCAUAUACUCUGAGUGUAAUAAAUGACAUAGAUACUCUCCUUGACGUUGUAAUAAAAUUUGACGAAGUAAAAGUCUGUCAAGGAAUCUGCACAAAUGAAUUUGAAGUAGAUAAGGAUUUCGUCCUUCAGAAAGAUGAUUUGGGUUAUUCACGCCACAUUCAUUGUUCAUUAAUAGCAGACAAACAGCAGUGUGAUGCUUGUUGGCAAUAUAGUCAAUAUUUACUAGCACUAAUGGUCAACAAUACACCAGUAUUAGGUAACGAAACAGCUCGUUUUUAUAACCAAAUUUACUCCUAAGCAUUAGUACCCUUAUAUUUUACUAUUAUUUCCUAUAAGUGUUUUAUAAAUACACUUGCUUCUGUCUCAUUUGUUUCAUUCCAAAUCUAUCACUGCGAUUAUUCGAGUGAACAGUCAUUUUAUUAAAUUCUUAAGUCAUUUAGGCUGACUGUUCAGUAUAAAUAAUUGUUGAAACAUGAGAUAAUAGACUGCACAUUUGUUAUUGUUAUAGCAUCAAUGAAAAUUCAAAUUAACACGUGAAAAUAUCAAUUGGUUAACAAUCCAAUGUUGCAAUUUUUUUUAACAAGCCAGUGAUUUGUAUUGUUAGAAAACAAGUAUAAAAUAAAUUUUGUUCGACUUAUUUUUAAUUUUUUUCAGCUAUAUUUACAUUUUAAUAUUGAUGUAUAUUUUUAACCUUUUUAUAUAAUUACAUUCAUUGCACUCCAAUAAUACAAACACGAAACCUUCUGUAUCAACAGAGUUGAUUAGUUAUAAGAAAAGUGUGAUUUGCUUUUUAAAAAAUUGUUUGAUCUAGCUUAGUAUAAGGGAUUCUUUGAAUUCAUCAUGAAGGUUAAGAAAACUUUAGAUACAUUAUAUAAAUGACAGUUUUAUUCAGAUACAACUAAAAAGAUUAAAAUUAUCUAGAAGAUAUACGGCGAGUGUUGUGUGAUUGAAAAACUAAAUUAAGUACAAGUGUUUAGGUCUGUGAAUAGCAAGGCUAUAUAUAUAUAUAUGUAUGUAUGUAUGUAUGUAUGUAUGUAUGUAUGUAUGUAUGUAUGAUAAAUAUUACAAAAAAGUAUACCAGUGCUUUUUUUGUGUUGAGUGAAUCUUUUGAGAAUUCACAGCAAACAAGGAUAAUUGAACAUGAUAAAACUUUUUGGACUUCCCAAUAAAUCGAGUUUUUGCUCUUUGCCAAAGGA